UCUCGCGGCUCCUACUAAGCCGCUUCGGUUCUUUGGAGAUGGUUUCCCCUCGUCUACAUUGAACGCCAUAUUACCGGGGCCAUUCCUCAUCUUCAAGCAUUUCCUGACCUAGGAAUUCUUUUGCCUCUGCCCUGUUUGUUUCCCUGUCGCAAGGCAGUGCCACUCUGCAAGUCUACGCGUCCUUUAGCGAGCAUUUCUCACAGGUCACCUUCCACCCCCGGUGUCACGUGUGGUCCCAAGUACUAUUUUCGCCAUCCGGUCACGCCGACCAAGUGUGGCGCAUGACUGUGCAGUCGUCCAACGACCGCAUUCGGGACCCUCCAAUUUGGCUCUCCUCGGUAGUUUUUGACAGCCUUCUUGACGUCUUCUUCAUGUCUUGGUCUCGGGUAAAGAUAGCCUUGUGCGACAUAUGACCAGCUCGUCCUGGACCCGUCUCGCAUUUCAGAGAGACAAUUGAGUCAAAGUCCCCCGUCAGCCCACCCUUCCUCGCUCCGGCGAGCAAUCAGAGUCCCGCAAAUGAUCACUCCGGAUCGUCAUAUCCGCUCUGUCGUUUCCUUGCGGAAUGAGGCCUGUUCAAUUUCACUCUUGUUCACAACCAAGGAGGAUUGAGUGGGAGAAUACUAGUAUCCGUCGACAUGUCACACAGACCAAAACCCAAUGAUACCCGGCAGGGUAUUUCUAGAACCAAAGAUGCUACCGUACCACGAGCGGGCAGAUUGCAAAGUUCCAGAGAGGAUGACCGCCAGCUUGACUAUGGACGCCCCACGGCAAGUUCUGCCUCCAGAUCACAGCCUCCCCGGUUCAAUACAUCUAGGACUGUGGACAGAAACCUACACACGAAACAAGCCACCGGGAAAAGCUCUAUACACACCUCCCCAGAUCCGAGGACACUGGAGUCCUCGAGAAAGCCGCCUCUGCCAUCCGUCUCACAUCGUUCCGCGGCUCCUUCAGUCUCCUCGUCACAAGAAGUACCCUUGCUCAUUGAUACUGGCCUGAUUCCAAGAACACGAAUGGGAGAGAUGAGACCAGAAGCAACCCUUCUUCCCACUAGGUAUGCUAAGAGCCAGCUACCAUCCAAAGCCGGGACCGAGACCGCGUUUGGACUAUCUGUAUCCAGCAGCAACCUCACCACUCGGACUACCGAUCUUCCACCCAGACUCAUCCCAGAACUGCAGGCUUUGGCCGCGUCGUCUUCGAGGCAGCAAGACAUGUACUCAAAGUCCGCCAGCUCAAUUAGUAGCCCGUCAACCCGAUUCUCAAACACUCCGAGUCCCUGGAGCGUUUCCACAACCACGACCACCCCUACAUCGUGGUCUUCAGCAUCCCCCGGGAUCGUGCAGCAUGUCCCGCUCAAGCCACAGAGCCAGAGGUCUCAGACCGUGCCUGUCCCAACUGUCAGACGUGAAAAGACACCCAAACUACCAGCCGUUGUUGAAGCAUUUCCACCCGUUCAGUCUCACCCGUCAGCGUCAACGGAAUCCGUAACACGAGAAAAAUUGAGAAAAUCACCUAGCACCAAAAGAACUCCGUUAAACACACCGGCUCCGACACCUCCGCCAAGGACUUCAUCUGCCAAACAGGCUCUCAGCCGCACAAGCAGUCGUAGCGACAAACAACGUCGCAAACUUGAACAAGAUCCUACGGAAUCACUGACUGAGCUCGACCGCAGCCCCUUGGCAAGACAUGCAGACCCAGGCCUUCAGAACGUUGGCGACUCCCUGCAACGCAGCAUCAUAGCGAAGGCCCAUGAUGAUCUACAGCAAUCUCUCGUUCGAGCACCUACAAGACCAAGCCGGCAUGGGGUGACAGGUCUUGACGACAGCAGACCAGUUCUGGUCAACACUCAUAGAUCUGGAUUCACCAGUAGACAUCAGCAACUCUUGGAAUCCGGUGAUGAAACCUCUUCAAAUUCCUUUGACGCCUCUCUUCGAGGCCCAUCCUCGACGUCGCUGCCCCGUCCCCCGUCUCCCCAGGAACCUGUCUCCGGUUCUCCCAGCAGACUCGGCAAGCUUUCACGCCUAGGUCUCUUCAGUCGGCGCGGGAAGUCUCCCGCGAACGAAGUUGAGAGGAGCCCACGUAAAUUACAACGAAAAGGUCCAGUCGCAGGCACAGGUCAUGAAGGCUAUGGAAAGUAUGGGAAAAGGGGGCGAAAGCAGUCACAGGAGAGCUCCUCCGUUAACAACAGUGAGAGUGAGAGAUCUGUCAGCAGCACACGACGAAUCCCAAUUCCAACAUCAGGUCGCAGAGACAGUCGAGGAAGCAGCCGACAGAAUCGAUCCAGUCAAUCUGACCUGGAUGAAUUCGCUGCCACAAGGCUUAAGCCGACACCGAUUCGAGGGGGUUCUGGCUCCAGCAUGGGAAGUCCAGUCCCAGAUCAGGGAAAGUAUUUCGAUCAUGAAGCCCCUGUGCCUUUAAUAGACCAUGACAAGUGGGGAACUCCGUCGCAGUCGCAGAACUCAAUAGCCUCAUCAAACGCGAGGCAAGAAGCCAGUCCUUCUCCAAAAGUUACAUCCGGUGACGAUGUCCAUCCGACACUGGCAGUGAGGCGGUCGCAGCGCUUUCUUUCUGACAGAGAGCCUUUUAGUCUCCCAACUCCCAUACGAACUGAAGACCUGUCAGCGCCUCUGUACCUCAAUAGCCAUGAAACGGGCGAGUCUCUACCGAUGGCUCCCUCAACAUCAACCGCAAGUACCACUGCUGAAACAAAUAAAGCCGACACGUUGCAGGCUAAGAAGCACCGGAAGCUACGAUGGAACAUAUUUCGGAAGAAAGAGGUUGCUGGACCGGAUUCACAAAAGUCCAUUCUGAUAUCCUCACCCACUCCGGAAGAGAUGUCUGUCAGUGUCUCUGCAGUUCCCGUCUCAAGACCCAUGCCAUAUUACGCAAUGUUGGACUCAGAGAGCGAGAUAAAUGCAAACACUUAUGUCGAUCAGCAUCUUCUUCAUACGGUUCAGUCGCCAGCAGUGAGCCCUUUCUUCCAAUCCGAGAACGAGAGAUUUUUCGAAUCGCCACAACGGCCAGAAGAGGAUGACGUCUUCCUGCCUAACAUUUCGGUACCACCGCUGCAAUCCUUCGCGAGCUCACCACCACCGGUACCUCUUCAGAGUCCUUCGGAACGAAUCCAUGUUCAACUUAGUGAACAGCCCCGAAAGCAACCACGACUUGCGCGAGUUGGAAGAAUCCCCCCAGUAGUGCCACGAAAUGAAAGACAGCAUAAACCAAGCCGAGCCUCCUUUUCACAGCCUUUUGUGCGGCAGCAGGGUCCUCAGCAUGCAGAUCUCACACUCCAGGGUUCUUUUGAUGGCCUAGAAAACUCAUUGGAAUCUGAGCACCGCCAGUUACAUGACAGAAACUGGCCAAAGGACCCUGGAAUUGCGGCUCAAGAUCAUCCGCCCCGUGCGGAAAACGAGUUCUUACAAUUGGAUCCAAGACAUGCUUCAGACUUCUCAUCUUCUAGCACGUCCGAAGGAACGCUCAGCCACUUCGGCCCGGCACUGGCAGCAACACUAGGCGGGUCGUCGUCAUUGCAUAGCCCGCAAUGGCCUGACACUCUUUAUGAUCUUGGUAACCCUAGUGUGGAUGAGGUUUGGAAUGAAUACGAUGAUUUCAUCGACCAAGUCAUGUCGCCAUCUCAGGAACGUCGGCAAAAGCAAGCGGUUGGCUUGCGACAGCGUGACAAUAUCAAAGGCAACCUUGAGGCGCGCCGAAACCUCCAUGUCGAUACUACACGCUCUCGUGUAACGGCUAAGACCGAUCUUGAAAGCACCGCCAGAAAGCCCGCCCUCGGAGUGAAACGACCGGUGUUUGCACCUACGAUCGUCACCUCUGCGACUCCGCCGGUGGUAUUUUCAUCUUCUGCUCUAUCGGGGAGAAAUGUCGGUGAGGAUAUUCGACUUCGACGUUCACGAAUUGUAUCUGCGUUGCAUUCCUCGAUGGAUCCUUCAUCGCCAUUUUCGAUACGAGAUCUCCUACGCGAAUACGAAACACCACUUCGAGACAGCGGCAGGUAUUCAGAGCGACUGAGUACAUCUACGGCUGGCCAAUCGCUGGAACGCGUAACAACUACCGCUACCGCACCUGAAGGCCCUGGGGAUCAAAGCCAUCAAGAAACUUCCACUCUGGUAGAUGUGGUCGAACGAAGCAAAGACCCUGCUCGACAGUCUGAGUUACACUAUGCUUUCCUCAUGGUAGCGAAAUGGCUGUCAUUCGGACGCGUUUUAUUCUCGCCAGCCCAUGACGAAAUCCAGACGAUUGCAGAACGUCAUGUUCUGGUGAUUGACGGACUGGGCAAUGGGGAUUGGUCUAUCUAUUGUGCUGUUACAUACGAGCCCCAUAAGGCGUUUGUUCACAAUCUGAGAGAAAGGCCGACAACGAAGCACGCCAGAGACCUGGGCCAAUCUUCCAACAGUCCAAACAAUCACCGGCGCGCAGAAGUGUCAAACUUUUACGAACGAUUCCCCUUUCCGCCAUCUUUCUUCUCAGCAGUUGUGCUUCGAUUCCCUCCGGCGAUGGCUGAGGCCAAGAUGAAGAACAUCAUCUCCGAGUGCAGACGGGUUCUUCUGCCCGGCGGUUAUCUCGAGCUGAUGUUGCUCGAUUUGGAUAUUGUCAAUAUGGGAGUGCAGACGCGCCGAGCUAUACGGGAUUUGAAGUUCAAGAUGACCACAGCCGAUGAACAGAUCAGCUUGAGACCGAUCAUCGACAAUGUUCAAGGCGUUCUUGGCGCAAGAGGAUUCUCGAACAUUAGUCGAUGCAUUGUGGGAGUUCCAGUGGCUGGACGACCGAGUGGUUCUGAAGACUCUUCCUCCUCGCGGUCCAGCGGCGGGUCUGAUGGUCUGACCAAACCGGGAGAUUCCAAAUCAGCGACGGCGUCUCCCCGGAUGACGUUUAGUGAUAGCUACGGACGGAAAGGAGCGCACUUGUCAUUGAAUGAUCUCAUUGCUGACCAUUCCGAUAAUGCGGAUGCCAAGAUUGGAAAGAUUGUUUCGAGCACGGCGCGGCGGUGGUGGCAGCACUGUUUUGAAGCUACAGUGAUUGCUGAUGGCAAUCUCAACAAAAGCGUGUUUGCCGACAAAGGAGUACUCGGCGAAUGUAAGGCACGAGGUUCGAGUUUUAAGAUGCUUAUUGCAUAUGCUCAGCGACCCGUUUUUGAAACUCGAAGACGGACCAUGAGUGAGCCGGUGGUACCAACACUCGCUACUGCCGGCAAUCAACGGCAGACAAAAGCCAGCCCCGGCGGGGCUCGAAGGGCGACCUGACCGGCCCCAGAUCUCUUCGCGACGAGGGUCUGGACCUCGGUCUGGUGGCUUGGAGAAAGAGAGAAUGAAGCAUACGAAACGAGAUUAACGAACUACGAAAGAAUGGACGAAGAUAUGAACAUAAAUGAUGGGUACCGGAGCCAGGCGUUGAUUGAUCACUAGGUAAUUGACUCAAUUACGCAUCUUAUGCGAAACAAGGUGGAAGUUCUCCAACCAGAGGAAAGUUCUGAUAUGCAUGGUUAGGACAAAGACCAAAGAACAGACUGGCAAUAUGUCCAGGAGUAAGGCGCAAGCCUACGACACCCUCUAAUUCUCGAGAUAUAGGGGAUAUAUAGUUCCUCUAGGUUGGACUCUGCAGGCAGAAGUCGAUCAGAUAAUAGAGAUAAUAUAAGAUACGGCAUUGGGUUGCUGGCGUGGUACAAAUGGAGCAAGAGUUUGCACACGAUUUAGGAUGGGGAUAUGGGGAUAAUGGUCCAAGCAAGAAAAAGGAUGAAAUGGACUCACAAGUGCGUAUGGCCCUGUCCGUCAGUCCAGCUGCUCAUGUGCGCUGGAGAAGGGCCUACUUAGAAGACGUGGAGUGAAGGAAUCCUCGGACUUUUGAAUGGACUUUAGGUGCUUCGUUACCCAAUUGAGUAACUAAUAGUUAUGACCGGAGGAGCCUGCAUAAAGACUCGUAGUACGGGUAUGGUCUAUUUGUAUGACUGUGACUCCCGAAGCUGAAUGA